AUGUCUUUCUUUAACUUCAAAGCAUUUGGAAGAAACUCCAAAAAAAAUAAAAAUCAACCGCUUAAUGUGCCUCAACCGCCACCAAUGAAUACCAUUUAUUCGAGCCCUCAUAGUAGCAGUUCCAGGCUAUCUUUAAGAAAUAAACAUCACUCGCCUAAGAGGCAUUCCCAGACAAGUUUCCCUGCACAAAAAGCUACACCUCAAUCACAGCAAAUGACAUCCAGCACACCGCAAUCGCAGCAACAGGACGCCAACGAGAGGCCAGAAUCACAGCAAAUAAUGUUUCUCAGCGAACCGUUCGUAAGAACUGCACUAGUGAAGGGUUCAUUUAAAACAAUAGUACAACUGCCCAAAUACGUGGAUUUGGGAGAGUGGAUAGCGUUAAAUGUUUUUGAAUUCUUCACAAAUCUAAAUCAGUUCUACGGAGUGGUGGCCGAAUACGUAACCCCUGAUGCAUAUCCAACGAUGAAUGCUGGCCCUCACACGGAUUAUUUAUGGCUGGAUGCGAAUAAUAGACAGGUGUCACUACCGGCUAGCCAAUACAUAGAUUUAGCCCUCACGUGGAUAAAUAACAAGGUCAACGAUAAGAACUUAUUUCCGACCAAAAAUGGGCUGCCAUUUCCGCAGCAGUUUUCGAGAGAUGUGCAGAGAAUCAUGGUGCAAAUGUUUAGAAUAUUUGCACAUAUCUAUCACCACCAUUUUGACAAAAUCGUGCAUUUAUCACUGGAAGCCCAUUGGAACUCGUUUUUUUCUCAUUUCAUUAGUUUUGCCAAAGAGUUCAAAGUUAUUGACAGGAAGGAAAUGAUCCCACUUUUACCGUUAAUUGAAAGUUUUGAAAAACAAGGUAAGAUUAUAUAUAAUUGA